AUGCUUUCCACCGCCCCCCGUUCCCUCCGUCAAUUAUCCCCAUAUACCAGCCUGAAUACUGCCUUCACUCGCCGGACCAUCGGUCGCCUCUCACCACUCGCUCACAAUGCCUGUAUAACGACGCAAUUGAAAGCGCACAGUGGCCCUAGCUCAUCUUCUAGUGUGGCUCUGCGAACAACACACGCCAAAGUCCGAUAUAGCUCACAAUUACAAUCGCCUGCGGCGCAGCCAGUCGAGUCAGAUGGCACAGAGAAGAACCCUGCCACUCACUAUAGUCCGCCAAAGACUGGCUUGAUCGCAUCUUUGCCGAAAUCAUGGAUUCCUUAUGCAGAGUUGGUGCGGCUGGACAAGCCCACCGGCACAUACUACCUGUUCUUCCCAACACUCUUUUCCACUCUUCUCGCAGCACCGAUGGCUGCCGGCGCGACACCACUUCAGGUCCUUGGAACAGUGGGACUUUUCUUCUCUGGGGCGCUGAUCAUGCGCGGUGCAGGCUGCGCGAUCAAUGACUUGUGGGACCGGAACCUAGAUCCCCAUGUUGAACGCACCAAAUUCCGACCCAUUGCCAGAGGCGCGCUUGCGCCGAAAAAUGCAGUGCUCUUUACUGGGUCACAACUGCUAGCUGGGCUGGGUGUGCUUCUGUCAUUUCCCUCCCAGUGUCUCUGGUAUGGAAUUCCUAGCUUGCCCAUCGUGGUAGCUUAUCCCCUGGCCAAGCGUGUGACCCACUAUCCACAGGCGGUCUUGGGUCUUGCCUUUUCUUGGGGAGCGAUCAUGGGAUUCCCGGCGUUGAAUAUAGAUCUGCUUUCCAACCACGAUGCUUUGAUGGCCGCGGGUGCCCUCUACUCCAGCUGCAUUGCUUGGACGGUUUUGUACGAUAUGAUCUAUGCACACAUGGACAUCAAAGAUGAUGUCGCCGCUGGGAUCAAGUCGAUUGCCCUCCGUCACGAACACAAUACCAAAGCUGUCCUGAGUGGCCUUGCAGCAGUUCAGGUUUCACUCCUUGCGGCCGCUGGAGUUGCCGCUGGUUGUGGGCCUGUCUUCUUCGUGGGUAGCUGUGGCAGCGCAGUUGUAUCACUUGGCCUCAUGAUCUGGAAGGUCCAAUUGAAGAAUGUUCGGAACUGCUGGUGGUGGUUCAAGAACGGAUGCUUGUUGACCGGUGGAGGAAUCUCUUUGGGCUUGCUGGGCGAAUAUGCCAUGCAGUACCUUGGUCUAUACAGCAACUCGGAGUCCUCGGUGGCCGAGCUGACGCAGUAA